UUGCCACCUCGACGCGGGAGCUUCGGCCGCGUUCAUCAUCGCUGUUUCUCCCCUCCCUCGCAGCGUGGGGGCGGCAAGCUCAGUACGAAGCUCGCCGCCCAGUCCGAGUGGCGGUGCAUGGAUCCUUUGGACACCAUCAGCUAUAGCUCGCACUCCCGACGCCCGCAGGAGCCGUCACCUCCGAGCAAGACGACCUCGACCAGCAGUAGACUCUUCGUUCUCUGUGCCACCCUCGCGGCGGCCGCGCUGCUGGUCUCGUUUAUCUUCUACUCUAUCCAUGAAGGUCAUUCACGCAACUCCGUCUAUCUGCUGCAAGGCUGUCUGGCCGUCGCCUUGCUCGAGAAGAGCUGGUGGCACUACCGCAUCCGGCAACGGUUCCUGGCUCCGCUGGAGGCGUCCGUGGCUGCUGUAUUCGGAAGCACAGACCCUGAGAGACCGCGACCUGAUCCAAGCGAAUAUGAGUGCGCCCUACGCUGCAGAAUGGAGCCCAAGGCGUACGCGGUGACCAAAUUCACAGACAGAUGCAUGAAAAACGUACGAGGCGCGACAGUUACAGCGGCGCUUGUAAUGGCGUCUACCGUCGGUGCGGUAGGCAGCAUCAUUGCGUUGUAUACGGAAGACACGGUACUUGUGUGUGCCGCGGUAGGCUGCUUCGCUGGCGUGCUGUCUGCAUGCUUCGCUCCGACACCAAGUGACGGCGUCGCCAUUCUGGUUCACCAGGGUGCGCUCACUGUGACGGCCAUGAACACCAUGAUCGCACACUAUACUGGAUCAGAGACACAGAUGGCGAUCCUGGACUACCUGUUCGUGGCACUCGCGGGCUGGGUCAUCAUCGUCAUCUCACGUAUUAUCGCGUCCAAGAAACUAUUAGAGUGCUUCCUCAUGGUGACGCUGGAUACCGUCGCGCUGCUUCACGUGACGGUUAUUAUGAUGGAAGUCGUGGAUUUUGUGGAGCAUCCACUCGCUAACAAUCUCCCUGGUGAAUUGGCAGCCUUCUUCGUUACAAUAGCGUGCGCAGAAUUGGGUCACUACCUGUUUGACUUGGUGACGACGGAGUGGCUGUCUCGCUGUUUCCGUCGCUGGAGAUACACCUUCCCGAGGCUCUACGGGGCAGCAGACUUUGUCAUAUCUGUAAUAUUUGCCGCUGUUGGAAUGACGGUGUGGAUGACGUGGUUGUUCGCCACGGAUACGAGUACGUGGAAUGUUGUUGCUCUGCUCGGAGCAGCGGCGCUGUCCCAAUUGGGACGCUCGUUCAUGACUCUGAUCCACGAGACAGCCAUGGCGCCUCCGUGGAACCGCACGACGUACACGGUCUGGAACAACGGCAUCAUGGAGUUAAUGAACCCGUUUCUUGUCGGGUGGAUCGCAUUCCACCCAUACGCCAAGACGAUCUUGGAGGCCGAAGGGGGCUAUUAAGUUAGGAUAAAUGUUAGGAAGAGAGGCUGGUAAAGUAUUUAUUGAGGUGAGAACUCUAAAGUGGUGGUAGAAAGUUGAGCUAUCAAGGUAAUGAAUGGCUCUUAAUCAACUU